AUGAAAGCUAUCCACAGACGACUUGCUACUUCCGCAUCGAAGGGUCAAUUCAAUGUUUUCGACCGCAGUGCAAAACUUGUUCAAAGAUCCCGUACACCAGCCAUUUCUCCCGAACGUCUGAGGAAAGUGGACUAUCUUCGAGAUGAAGUGGCCAUUCGAACCAUCGAACGUCUUGGUUUCAUUACCAGAGAUUUCACCAAUACGCUAGAUUUUGGUGCCAACCUGGGCAAUUUCCUCAAGAACUUGUGUACUGUUUCCCAUGUGCCAAAGGAUGGGAAUGACGUUGACCAGAAGAUCAUAGAGCAAUUGAAUGAGGACAAGGAGAAAAUCCGCAACAAAAUCCAGAACUUGGUGAUCGUUGACUCGUGCAAAGAAAUGCUUUUUCGGGAUGAGGGCCUUCCACUCGACGUUCCUUUUCCUGGAAAAGUGACUCGUUGUGUCGCAGACGAAGAGACAUUCGACAACGAACUACUACAGGAAAACACCUAUGAUGCUGUUAUAUCUAACUUGUCCUUGCAUUGGAUCAACGACUUGCCCCAAGCACUUAAAAACAUUAACCGUGUGUUGAAACCAGAUGGCCUCUUCAUGGGUACUAUUUUCGGAGGUGAUACAUUGUACGAGCUUAGAACUUCACUUCAGCUUGCAGAGUUGGAGCGCCGGGGCGGUAUGUCCCCCCGUGUUUCUCCUUUGGUGCACUUGAACGACAUUGGAGGCUUGUUGAACAAAGCUGGCUUUAGCAUGCUUACGAUUGACACCGAAGACAUUGUUGUUGGUGGAUACCCCGAUAUUGUUUCGCUUUGCGCAGAUCUCCAGGCUAUGGGCGAACAGAAUAGUCUUUUGUCGCGAUCCUCAGUGUUGCCCAAGGAUGUUCUACUUGCAGCAAAUGAAAUUUGUAAGUCUUUACAUGGCGAGACGGGCGUUGAUGGAACUGUAACAAUUCCUGCGACUUUUAAUGUCAUAUUUAUGAUUGGAUGGAAAAAGAGCGAAAGCCAACCUCAACCUUUGGCUAGAGGAAGCGGUCAAAUCAAUCUCAAGGAUGUUUUGGGAUGGUUUAGAAGAAGUUCUGAUUUUGUGAAGCAAUAA